GACAGUCGAAAAAAUUGAAAGAAUCAUUCAACAGCAGGAGGGACAGUCGAGAGAAAAUUAAUUUUUGUACUUUUACUCAAAAUCAAACAACACAGUAUCGAAGUCAGUCGCCGAAGUAUUUGACCAGCUGUGAAGCAUUUAAACGAAACGAACCCUUUGAUAUACGAAAAUAAAAACGAAGCAGAACCCUCCGGAAACCAACCACUUGCAACUUUUUCUACACCGUUUUAUUACCCAACAGAGGCACACAAAAGCUAAUACACAAUGUUCGCUUUGUGGUAUUUAACAUUUGCUGUCGAUGAAAUACGCAAACGUUUAGCUUGGUUUUUUAGUUCUAACAAGCCUGCAGCGCCAGCGCUCGACGACAAGCCAGCAAAUCCGCCCAAGGAAUCUGCACCUGCUCCAGCUCCAAAACCCGCUGUAGUUCCUGCUCCAAAGCCAGAACCUCCGAAACCUGCGCCCGUGGUAGCCAAACCCACACCGGUUCCAGUUCCUGCUGCAGCUCCAGUUCCCCCGAAGCAAGAGGCUCCUGCACCUGCUCCGAAACCCAUACCGGAAUCUGUGCCUGCACCCGUAGUUGCCCCGCCCAACCCAACUCCUCCGCCAGCUAAACCCAGCAGUCCGCCCAAACAAGCCGACAAGAUGCCCAUUCCGCUGCCCAAAUCCCUGACUGAGGCCAACACCAAUGGUCAAAAUGGCAAUGGUGCGCCUGGAAAUGUGGAUGAGCGCGUUUUCGGCAUCCAAAAGGACGAGAAGGUGUUGCCGACGGCCAAGGAUGCCACCAAUGACUUCAUUAAGGGUGAAACCAAUGCCUUCAUCCAGUCGAUCAAGGAAGCGCAGCAGCUGGGCGAGCGCAAACAAGACACCAUGGUUGAUGCCGCUGUUCUCGCUAAACUGGAGGAGGGUUACGCCAAGCUGGCUGCCUCCGACUCCAAGUCGCUGUUGAAGAAGUACCUGACCAAGGAGGUCUUCGACAACCUGAAGAACAAGGUCACGCCCACCUUCAAGUCGACCCUGCUGGAUGUGAUCCAGUCUGGCCUGGAGAACCACGACUCCGGCGUGGGCAUCUACGCCCCCGAUGCCGAGUCCUACACAGUGUUCGCCGACCUGUUCGACCCCAUCAUCGAGGACUACCAUGGUGGCUUCAAGAAGACCGACAAGCACCCGGCCUCCAACUUCGGUGAUGUGGCCACCUUCGGCAACGUUGACCCCACCAACGAGUACGUGAUCUCCACUCGCGUGCGUUGCGGUCGCUCCAUGCAGGGCUACCCCUUCAACCCCUGCUUGACCGAGGCCCAGUACAAGGAGAUGGAGGGCAAGGUCAGCAGCACCCUGUCCGGUCUGGAGGGCGAGCUGAAGGGCAAGUUCUACCCAUUGACUGGCAUGGAGAAGGCCGUCCAGCAGCAGCUGAUCGACGAUCACUUCCUGUUCAAGGAGGGCGACCGUUUCCUGCAGGCCGCCAACGCCUGCCGCUACUGGCCCAGCGGCCGUGGCAUCUACCACAACGAUGCCAAGACCUUCCUGGUCUGGUGCAACGAGGAGGACCAUCUCCGCAUCAUCUCCAUGCAGCAGGGCGGUGAUCUGGGCCAGAUCUACAAGCGUCUGGUGACCGCCGUCAACGAGAUCGAGAAGCGUGUGCCCUUCAGCCACGACGACCGUCUCGGCUUCCUGACCUUCUGCCCCACCAACCUGGGUACCACCAUCCGUGCCUCCGUGCACAUCAAGGUCCCCAAGCUGGCCUCCAACAAGGCCAAGCUGGAGGAGGUUGCCGCCAAGUACAACCUGCAGGUGCGCGGAACCCGCGGUGAGCACACCGAGGCCGAGGGCGGUGUCUACGACAUCUCCAACAAGCGUCGCAUGGGUCUGACCGAAUUCGAUGCCGUCAAGGAGAUGUACGAUGGCAUCACCGAGCUGAUCAAGCUCGAGAAGAGCCUGUAAAUUGCCCGCCAACCGCCGAGCAUCGUCCCCCCGCCUGGUCAGGCAUUCUCCGGAGCUUAACAUCUAUCUGAAGGAGCCACCAGUGCGGGGCACACGCAACAAUCAACAACAAGAAGAAGAACAACAGCAACACUUAGAAAUCUUCGGCUCGUCCGUCUUGUCGCUUUUGGGCGGUUCGGGCUGCAAAAAAGUCUAGUUUGUAGCGAUGGUAUGGAGCUGCUGUCCCAGCCUCUGGCGACCUUCGGCAUUUUCGUAUACUUUGAGGGUUGCGGGCGCAGGCAGCGAUCCCAUCUUGCAACACCAACACCACCCACAGCAGCAGCAACAACAAAGGAUAACUAUUUGACAGAAAACAUUUGCUUAAUUACAACCAAACAAUGUAAAACAUUUUGACAUCUGUGUCAAGCAAAAACAAAAAAAGGAA